AUGGGUUGUUGCUUGUGUUUGAAGGCAGCCAUUAAUGGCGGAAAUUUAAAGGAAAGAGAAGGAGAUUUGAGGAAAAGGGUUUUACCUAAAGUUAUGAAAUUGUUAAAAAAUGAUGGAUUAAACCUCAAUUAUGAAACCAAAAAAGGCAAAUCUAAAGCUUCAGUGAUUCCGGUCAUACUCGCUCAUUUGGUGGCUGCCGUGCUCGUUGCUUUGGUGCUUGUUUGGCUGCUACACUUCCGGGAAGGCCUUGCCUUUCGUUCUCAUAUCAAACCGCAAAUUUUCAAUGUUCACCCGCUUCUAAUGGUUAUUGGGGUCAUUGUCACUGGUGGACAAGCAAUCAUGGCAUACAAAACAGUCCCAGGAGCAAAAAGCACACAAAAGAAGGUUCAUUUGAUACUUCAUCUGAUAGCUCUUAUGAGCGGUAUCGUUGGAAUAUAUGCAGUAUUCAAGUUUCAUCAAGAGCUAUCAAUACCACAUAUAUAUACUCUUCAUUCUUGGGUUGGUAUAAGCACCAUCUGCCUGUACGGCUUGCAGUGGAUAAUCUCAUUCUUCACAUUUGCGUUUCCACAUUCGAAAUCAGCGGCAAGAGAAGCAGUAGCCCCAUGGCACAAGUUUUUGGGCAUUUUCAUAUUCAUACUGGCAAUAUGUACAGCCAUGAUGGGUUUGAUAGAAAAGUUUACGUUUUUGAAUCUCAAACGAAGCCAAGAAGCACUCGUAAUGAACUUUGCAGGAUUGAUGAUCAUAUUAUUUGCAGCUAUGGUUGGACUUGUAGUCACCAUUCCAAGUGUGUAAUCAUGAUAUAUAUGUGCCCUACAACAAAAAAACUCGAGUUAUAUUAUUAUUUGAAUACAGGCA